AAGGAGAUGAAUAAAAGCCUCCAUCGUUCUCUUGUCGAUACAAACUAAGCUGUCUUCAGUCUCCUGCCUCCUUUCAGCCUUUGUUUUCAGCUUGCGCCAAAUUUAGCGGCGAUUUCUCCAACCUCCAUUUCUUUCUUAAAAAUAAAAAAAAUUCCCUCACCCUUGGUCACCUUCGUCUCCCGUUAGACGCUUCCAUUUACUCUCUGUCUUUCUCUCAUUUUAGCAAUGGCUCAAGUGGUGGCCACCAGAUCGAUCCACGGUUCAUUCUUGAGCCAGGGCUCCGGAUCCGUUCAAGAGCGAGUGGAGAAGCUUAAACCUGCAAGCUUCGCUUCGAAAGUGCUGGCUCGUGACGAGAGCAAGAGCAAGAGAAUUGUGCUUAGGAGGAACUCUCGGAUUACCGCUAAGAGAGCCGCACGUGCCGAACCUGAAGUUAUCCCCGUAUCACCCGAGGAUGUACCGAAGAGGGAGGAACAAUAUGAGCAGUUAAGGGGGAUUCAGCAAGGUGGCGAUACAUCAGUGGGUAUGUGGUCCAAGCCUAUUGUUAGACGUAAAACGAAGAUUGUUUGCACUAUUGGUCCUUCAACCAACACACGAGAAAUGAUAUGGAAAUUGGCGGAGGCUGGAAUGAAUGUUGCUCGUUUGAAUAUGUCUCAUGGAGACCAUGCAUCUCAUCAGAAAGUUAUUGAUUUAGUUAAAGAAUAUAAUGCACAAUCCAAAGACAACACUAUAGCAAUCAUGCUUGACACAAAGGGUCCUGAGGUUAGAAGUGGUGACUUGCCACAACCAAUUACAUUAACAACUGGGCAGGAAUUUACUUUUACAAUUCGGAGAGGGGUUGGGACAGCUGAUUGUGUCAGUGUCAACUAUGAUGAUUUUGUUAAUGAUGUAGAAGUGGGUGACAUGCUUCUUGUUGAUGGUGGUAUGAUGUCAUUGAUGGUGAAGUCUAAGACAGAUGAUUCAGUUAAGUGUGAAGUAGUUGAUGGUGGUGAGCUUAAGUCUAGGCGACAUUUAAAUGUCCGAGGAAAAAGUGCCACUCUGCCUUCUAUCACUGAAAAGGACUGGGAUGACAUAAAAUUUGGAGUAGACAAUAAAGUUGACUUUUAUGCUGUUUCCUUUGUUAAGGAUGCGCAAGUGGUUCAUGAGUUGAAAAAUUAUCUGCAGAGUUGCAAUGCAGAUAUUCAUGUUAUUGUUAAAAUUGAAAGUGCAGACUCUAUUCCAAAUUUGCAUUCAAUUAUAACAGCAUCUGACGGGGCAAUGGUUGCAAGGGGAGAUCUCGGUGCAGAGCUUCCUAUCGAGGAGGUUCCUCUUUUGCAGGAAGAGAUAAUUAGAGCAUGUCGAAGCAUGGGGAAAGCUGUUAUUGUGGCAACCAAUAUGCUAGAAAGCAUGAUAGUUCAUCCAACGCCAACAAGAGCAGAGGUGUCUGACAUUGCCAUUGCUGUUAGAGAGGGUGCUGAUGCUGUCAUGCUUUCUGGAGAAACAGCUCAUGGAAAGUUCCCAUUGAAAGCUGUUAAAGUUAUGCAUACAGUUGCAUUACGAACCGAAGCAACCAUAUCUGGUGGAGAAAUGCCACCUAAUCUUGGUCAAGCUUUUAAGAACCAUAUGAGUGAGAUGUUUGCAUAUCAUGCAACAAUGAUGUCAAACACUCUUGGAAUUUCUACUGUUGUCUUUACUAGAACUGGUUUCAUGGCUAUAUUACUUAGCCAUUAUCGGCCAUCUGGCACCAUUUUUGCCUUCACAAAUGAGAAAAGGAUACAACAGAGAUUGGCUUUGUACCAAGGAGUGUGUCCCAUAUACAUGGAGUUUUCAGAUGAUGCUGAGGAAACCUUUAAGAAUGCUUUGGCUUUGCUGCAGAAGCAAGGAAUGGUAAAGGAGGGAGAAGAGGUGGCACUUGUUCAGAGUGGCAGGCAGCCCAUCUGGCGAUUCCAUUCCACUCACAAUAUUCAGGUCCGCAAAGCGUAGAGGCUGAAGAAAGAUGGAGAGCCCAUUUGCCCAUUUGACUGAGUUAUCUUCUUCGUGCCCUACUAGUUUCAAACAGUCGAUGAGAAGAGUAUUCCGGUUAUGUUUGGGGGCUUCCCUCGCAUGAUUGAUAGGAUUUUUUUUUUGCCGUGCAUCGUAUCUAUGUGUGUAUGUCUUCUUAUUCUCAGUUUUUUGUUUGCUUGAGAUUUUCCAGUAUAUGUUUCUAUGUGGCCCUUUGGAUUUUUCCCCUUCAACAAGAAAGCAUUUAAGUCUUGGUAUGAGUGGGGAUGGUUAGACGAAUCUAAUUUUAUAUUCAAGAUUGUCUCAAUAUAAAAUAUGAGCUAGGCUGCUAUAUUGAGCUGGA